AUGGAGCUAGAAAGAAAGCACUCAGAAGCAAACAGUAACAGACAAUUGAAACCAGGUGAACCCACUCCAUCCAACAACCAAGUUUAUUCACUGGAGAUUUACUUUUACCAUGUGAAGACAGUUAAUAAUAUUUCUCUGAAGAAUCCCGUUUUCUUACCACAGGUUUUGCCUUGCCUUGAAUUUAUCAGCAUAUGCUUUUAUGAAAGAAAGGAAGAAGAAGAAGAGGAAGAAGGACAAGAACAAGAACAACAACAACAACAACUCAAUAACUCAUCAUAUUGUCAUUAUUUUUGA